AUGAAUCAAAUCAGUGAUAUUAAGGCUGAGGAUGAACCAGUCUUCUCCUCAUCAUCUCCCAUGAAAUUAAAUAGACAUUUGGUGGUGGCUGAAGGAGGAAAUUUAGCUGCAGCAAGAGGAAGAGAAUUGGAUGCUCCAAAUCUUUACGGAGGUAUCACUCAGGAUGUGAUCUAUCAAUCCUACAAGGAACAAAUUGAAAAUGAAAAGAAAGAGAUUGCCCGAAAACUUGUACAAUUAGACAUGGAAAGACAACCCAGCAUCAAAGAGUUAUCGAGGGAUUCUAUGGACGAAUUCGGAGAGGUAAAUUCAGGAGUGGUAGUCCCCGAAGACUUUGAUGCCCAUGAAAGACCCUCGAGUAUGAAAGCUCUCGCACUCGAACGUUUCAGAAAAACUGUCAAAAAAGCAGAAACUUCUCGGCCACUUCUUCGUUCCUAUUCAGGCACCUCAGAGUUUGGGUUGCUGAAAGAAGGGUUAGUCACCUCAAAAGAAGACAAGGAACCAGAAAUUAAGUUGACCAUUAAGCGAUCAUACUCCCAACUAAAAACAUGUAACAUACCCAAGCACAAAUUCAGAGUAGAAGGCAAUCAAAAGGCUAUCAAGAAGGCUGAAGAUUUACGAAAAAUCGGAUACAAGAAUAUGGAUAUCCUGUCUAUUCUUGGAAUGGAAAAGUACAUGCUUCUCAACGAAAAGAGAUUUUCUCCCAAAUGCAUGAUAGACGCUCUUGUGCAACGUGGCAACAUGCAAAGAUACCUCAACACAAGAGAAAUAUCAUUCGUCUCCAAAGAUAAGGUUAAAAAAGGAGACGAAGGAUACGAAGACUAUGUCCUCGAGAAGAAGAAGAGGAUCUUCUUCAACGAAAAGAAGAAAGGAGGGUCGAAUGUGCAAUAA